GUUAUGUCUUUACAACUAUGAACGGAAUUUUGAAAUAGAAGGACAAGGUGAGGACUAAAUGAGUUUAGAAGUAGCAUUUUAAUGACUGUAUUAAGUGACCACUCAGUUAACUGAGGAAAUUUCAACAGAAGAUAUUGAUGUAAAAAAUGUCAAGAUUUAAUAAGAACUUUAUCUGUUAUUUGUCUUUACAUUUUUAUGCAAUUCAGCUGCAGAAGGUAUCCUUUUGAAACAUGCCACCACAUAGCUAUGAAUCCCAACAGGUUAAACAUAUUUGCAUGUGUUAACUUAUCAUGUAAAUGCUCUGACCUGUUCUUUGUUUGUCAACUGUAUUAAGUCUUGUAUGAAGUUGCAGUUUUACAUAAUAUUUUAUGGGACAACAAAGAGUAACCUCUUUGUUUUGGCAUGGUACUAUUAAUUAAUUGACUAAUGUUGUAAGUGUAUCAUAAGUGUAUAUUGUGGUGACUUGCUAUGGAUUUUAGAUGUUUUUUUAACAUUGUUUUAUUGUAUGCCUCUGUGCUGUGUUUUUACUGCAACCCCUUUUUGACAAUUUUUCUUUCCCCACAAAGAAAUUGAAACAUCAGGCCUGAAUUAUAGUCACAGGAGAAAAGAAUAAAGAAAGUGACUUGCUGAAAGACCUUCUAAAAGCCAAUGUGGAGAAAGCGGUCAAACUUGAAGUGUACAACUCUAAAACCCAGCGGAUGAGGGAACUGGAGGUGAUACCCAGUAACAUGUGGGGUGGUCAGGGUCUGCUGGGCGCUAGUGUCCGCUUCUGCAGCUUUGAAGGGGCCAAUGAGAAUGUUUGGCAUAUCUUGGAUGUGGAAGCCAAUUCUCCUGCAGCGUUGGCUGGCCUUAUUGCUCACGACGACUUCAUCGUGGGAGCUGACCAGGUGUUGCAAGAUUCAGAGGAUUUCUUUUCUUUGAUUGAAGCCAAUGAGGGGAAACCUCUGAAGCUGCUUGUGUACAACACACAGACAGACCAAUGCAGAGAGGUAGUGGUGACUCCAAAUGGAGCAUGGGGAGGAGAGGGAAGCUUAGGCUGUGGCAUUGGCUAUGGCUACUUGCACAGAAUCCCAACUCGUCCAGCUCAGCCUAACAACCAGAACAGAAAUGUUCUGCAAUCUGUGGUGAUUGGCAGCAGCGAAGAGAUGGUUGCAAGUGACCACACUAAGUUACAGGUGCCUUCAGUAGCUGUGUAUAGCCCCUCUAGCGUCAGUGAAAUAGAUCUGAAUCAAAUCGAAGGAGCUGUGCAGGACUUGUGUGUAACCUCACCCACACAGCCAGCUGUAGACUUAGAUAUUUCCAACAUACCCGAAGCGUUGACUCCAGACUUGUCAGACAUGGUUUCCACCAAUGACAUGGGCCAGAGCUCCAUGUUUGCAAAUUAUGGAGAUGACUCUGGUGAUCAGUGCAGCUUGGAUACCUCAUCUGUUGACCAAAGACCUUCCUCUCUAGAGAGGGAAGAAGAAUCAGACACCCAGGAGACUGGGCAGGGGCAUGUUAUUGACCUGAUCGCUACCACUUCUCCAACCAGAGAGACUGCGGAUGACCUUGUAGGCCCUGAAGUCACCACAGAGAACCUGAGUGACACGAGUCUCCUAGAGGCGCAAGAUACUAGUUCUGAGCCCUCAAGCUCAGCCAAUAUCAUGGAGGAAGAGACGUCGGAGACUACUGCAUAACCUGUUUAACUUAUAACUGAACAAUUUGCAUUAGAGGCGAUUUAGAGCACACUAUGAUACAGAAAGCUUCCCUUAAGAUUGUAAGUUGCAUCACUGGAACUAUUUUUUUAAUUUCUAAGAGUUUAUUCUAAGAGUUUUAUUGAUAUACAGGUGUCAUUGCUGCAUGCUGAAUUGCACAUUUAAGAAGGAUAGAAUGGUUAAUAUAAUCUGAAUGUAUUCUAUAAUUUAGGCAUACUGUAUGUCUCAACAUCAAGCAGGAUGAAGCCUUAGCUGUGUCUUAUUUGCUGCUAAAAGUCAUCCUAAAGAUGAAUAAUGUUCUUGUUCUUGUCUUGUUGCUCUGAUCACCUGCUGAAUAGAAGGAAAAGAAAGUUUGAGCUGAAGUUCACACAGAUCCAUCAUGUGGUUUUAUUUUCUUAUAUUUUAGAAUUUGGGGUUGAUGUUUUUAUUUUCACAGUGGGUUGAGAGUUUGAGAUGAGUACAUAUGUUAAGAGAUUUUUUUUUAAAUCUCAGGCAUUUAAGCCUCUUUGCCUUGUCUCAUUUUAAAUACCCUCCUUUCUUAUGUGUAGGUUUGACUUUUGAUUGGUGUAAAUCAGUGAGCCAUGUUUGAUGCAGCUCUCUGAUUGUUUUCUGUUUCUUCUCUUUAUAUAGAUUUUAAUUAAAUUAUGUUUCAGAUUUUUAUGGAUGGACAAAAUAUUCAAAUAUUUAUAAAAAGAAGAUGCUCAAGAUAAA